UGGCCAAUGAGCAGUCGACCUCAUUUUCCUUCGGACUUCGGACAGAGGCAGUCAUGGCACCACCUGUGAGGUAUUGCAUCCCCGGCGAACGUCUGUGUAAUUUGGAGGAGGGAAGCCCCGGCAGCGGCACCUACACCCGGCACGGCUACAUCUUUUCGUCGCUUGCUGGCUGCCUGACGAAGAGCAGCGAGAAUGGCGCGCUUCCUGUCAUAUCUGUGAUGAGAGAAACGGAUUCCCAAUUAUUGCCAGAUGUGGGAGCUAUUGUGACCUGUAAGGUCUCUAGCAUCAAUUCACGCUUUGCCAAAGUACACAUUCUGUAUGUGGGGUCCACACCACUUAAGAACUCUUUUCGAGGAACUAUCCGGAAAGAAGAUGUCCGAGCUACUGAAAAAGACAAGGUUGAAAUUUAUAAGAGUUUCCGCCCAGGGGACAUCGUAUUGGCCAAAGUCAUCUCUCUAGGUGACGCGCAGUCCCACUACCUCCUGACCACUGCCGAAAACGAGCUGGGAGUGGUGGUGGCCCACAGUGAAUCAGGUGUCCAGAUGGUUCCCAUCAGCUGGUGUGAGAUGCAGUGCCCAAAGACCCACACUAAAGAAUUCCGGAAAGUGGCACGAGUACAACCCGAAUUCUUGCAGACCUAAGAAGCCACACUUUACCCCGAGGAGGGGGUAAGCUGUUUCCAAGACUACAUGUAUGAACGUGACAGCAGGAUGCUGUGGUCUUUAUUCAGGCACCUGGGUUUGGCCAGCAGCCACCUCUAGAUAAAUCUGCCAGAAACUUAUUCUGUAGCUGGAACAUUUUUCUUGUGAAUAAGCGGACUUCAUUCUCUCAAGUGUUAACAUUUCUCUUCUGGAGGCACCAGCAAACAAACUGUGUGAUGUUGAAAAUAGCCUAUUCUUUCUGACAGUCUUAUAAAUAUGUAUUUUUUGCUGUGACAAAGAAAACAUUUUUACGUAAAGGA